AUGGCGGUCUCCGAUGUUGGAAAGGAGAGCUAUCCGCCGGAGAUUAUUGGCUACGCGGAACCCUGGAUCGUAGCCCCUGGCGAGCCGAUUGCUAUCAAGAUAUCUUGCACCGAACCAGAAUAUACAUAUCGAACUGUCCGGUUGAUCCAGGGCAUAACUCUCGAUCACGCGCCGGAGAAGCGCGAAGAAGAAAUCUCGCAAAUUCCUCGAGGUCGACAGAAUGGAAAGGUCCAAGUCGCUCACCCAGGCUCAUAUGGGUAUAUCAGCCACUGGAAACUGCCAGCCGCCCCGGCGGGCCUUCAAGUCUCGUUCUAUCUGCAACCGUGGCUCGUGGGUUGUUCACAUCCGCAGACGCUGGUUUCUUCUCUAGACACCGCGGAGGGCACUGGAUUCUCUAUCGUUUUGAACAGCCAAGGUUCGAUUGACGUAUGGAUCGGGAGCGACCACAAAGUCGAAGUUGUUUCCACUGGGCUCAGACCUCACAAGAAGACUUGGGCAAAGUUCAACCUUUCGAUUGUUGGUCGGUCAGUCCAGGUCUCCUUGAGUCCCAAGUCAUUCAAAGUAGAACCAAUUCCAACUUCCACGACACACGAGGCGCAGCUGCAGGGUGAGCCUCUGAUAUAUCGACCUGGACCACUUUUCAUCGCGGCAAGCCAAAAUGCAACAGAUGAUCCAAAGCAGCAGGCGACCAAUUUUUUUAAUGGUCGUAUCGCUGAUCUAACAUUGGAGACGUCGGAAGAAAAACCAUCUGUUCUUGCCAAAUAUGACUUUGCACUCCAUAUGUCAAGCGACAUCGUCGUUGAUACCUCCGGGCACAGCCAGAAUGGUGUGCUGAUCAAUGCGCCCACUCGCGCUGUCAAGAGUCACGAUUGGGACGGGUCGGAAUGUGACUGGACAAAGGCAAAAUAUGGCUAUGGCGCCAUUCAUUUUCAUGAUGAUGAUAUGGACGACGCUGGCUGGGACACAGAUUUCACUAUCACCAUUCCUUCUGACGCUCGCUCUGGCGCUUACGCGGUUGAGGUCGAAGCCACAAACGGCAAAGAUAAGGACUGGGUUACCUUCUUUGUACGACCUAACUCGUGGGCUCCAGGAAUUUCCAAGAAGGUCUGCCUUGUCUUCUCCACAUUCACCUAUCUUGCCUACGCCAACGAGCGCCUAUACGAUACCACUCGUCCGAAUACAGCCGACCUAGGGCCCGGUUUCGACAUAGACAAGACCGUCAAAAGCAGUGAAUUCUACAAGAUGCGACGCCGGCUGGACCUGGGCUUGUCCACCUACGACCGUCACAACGACGGCUCUGGAGUCACAUUCUCUUCGUCAAAACGUCCGAUAUUGAAUGUCCGCCCAGGCUAUAUCAUGUGGGCCUUCUCGCGCCCACGCGAGUUUUCCGCUGAUCUCAUGAUGCUCGGGUAUUUGGAACGCGAGGGCAUCCCAUACGAAAUCUUGACCGACCACGACUUACAUCUACGAGGCGUUGAUGCUCUCAAGGGCUUCAAUACCGUCAUGACAGGCUGUCAUCCUGAAUAUCCCAGUCCACAGGUCUUUGCUGCCUAUGGUGCAUUUGGUGCACAGGGCGGCAAUCUGAUGUACAUGGGUGGCAAUGGUUUCUACUGGGUCACUGCUAUGGAUCCUGCUCGUCCCCAUCGUUUGGAGCUGCGCCGAGGAGACGUGGGAGUCCGUCCCUACACUCUUCCAGGAGGUGAACAAGUCAACAGUCUCGACGGACAGCAGAGCGGUCUUUGGCGCUCCCGUGGUAUGAGUUGCAAUACACUAUGGGGCGUCGGCUUCUGCGCCCAAGGUACUGGUCUUGGUGUGCCAUACAAGCGCACUGAGGAGUCCAAAAGCCCGCAGUUGUCCUGGAUCUUCGAGGGCAUAGAAAGUGAUCUGAUUGGAGAGCAUGGCUUUGGCGGCGGUGCUUCGGGCGACGAGAUCGAUCGCUAUGAUGUGGAGAAUGGAAGUCCAGAAGACGCAGUAGUUUUGGCCACCAGCACUGGUCACAGCGAUGAAUUCGGCAUUGCCACCGAGGAUCUCACCUAUCCCGCGCUCAACACUCUUGGGACGCAGACAGACUUGAUUCGCAGCGAUCUAGUGUACUAUGUUGGGGCUGGGGGUGGCGCCGUAUUCAGUGUGGGGAGCAUCAAUUGGUACUGCUCAUUAGGCUGGGACGCCUACGAGAACAAUGUUGCUAGGUUGACGGGUAACAUCAUCAAGGGCUUUCUGGCAGGAAAGCGGUAG